AUGGCAUUUGAUGCUAAUGGUUUAUACGCUUCAGCAAUGUCGGAUUUAGACAGUGAAUAUCCGAGAGCAGAAAGUGGAAGACCGUUUCUACCAGAAGAAGAAAAAGAAUUUGUAAAACUCUUCAAUAAACAAAAAUUUAGACCUAGAACAGCUAUUUUAACAGUGUGGUUUGACUAUCCCAAAAACAUGUUCUUCCAGCCGAUACCAGCUAAAGAUAAAAUCAUUUUCACGAAUAAAGAAGGUAAAAAGGAAACUGAUAACAAAAUCAGGUUCAGAAAUGGUUUCUGUCACGACGUUUUAACAUCGGUUGAUAUUCAAGAAAUAGUUAAAGCCGGUGGACGAAUUAUUAGAAUAUUAGAUGUAUAG